UUGAAAAUCAAUAUGGCAGUCGAUUUACUGACAUUUUGUUUUCCCACCUGAAAAACCUGAAACAUUCUUUCAGUUUAAACUAGUCAUAUCAGAUAAUUGAUAAUUAAGUUUCAAGAGACAUUUGCGAUAAGCCCAACGGUUCUAUUUAACGCAUCCGUUAAAACAAUUCUCAUGUGACUUAACGAUGUAGGAAUUAUUGGAAUUAUUAUGACCAGUGACAAAUCUCGGAUUGAGAAAAUAAUUGACCAGAUUAAUGCAAGUAACGCCAAAAAAAUCGCUCUUCUUUUAGUGGUUGGUUUUGUGUGUUAUCAUGGAAUUCUCCACAUCAGAUAUGGCACCAACUCCUGCAAGUGGUUGCUGUCAGAUGGUCGCUACAAGGGGGACCAGGAGUGGCAACCCUACGGUUGCAUGCUCCACAGGUACACUAAGAUCGAUACGAGAAAAUGUUUACGUUACAUAGCAUUCUAUGGUACUAGUAGCCACUUUGUGUUUAUUGGUGAUAAGAGAAUGCAAGAUUUGUACGUAACUUUCGUAAAUCACCUAAUCCAGGAUGAAGAACGGUUUUUGCGACCGCCAAAAGACAUUGCAAAGAACCUGACACAUGUCGAUAACACACUGAAGCUAAAGGCUGAAUUUUUUGGAAUGCCUUUUAUUUCAAAAGCGAUGAUUGAUAAAUUUAGACAGUGGCAAUUGUCUAAACAACCCCCAUCUGUGAUAGUAGCUGGAUGCGCAUUGGAAGCCAUUCGAAUAUCAAAUGCAUCACUGACUAUGGUUGAAGAAUAUAAAAUGAAUUUAACAAGACUUGUGCAACCGAUUCAUAAUCUUCACAAAAAGAAAACUAGAGUUUUAUGGGCGUUACAGGAACCUGUAAAUUCUGAAAAACUCACACUUGAAUUACAGAUAAUCAAAAAUGAAAUUAUCAACUUGUACAAUAAAGCCGCCAUGGAGAUGUUGCAUUACUCUGAAGCUGAAAUAUGGCGUAGUAUCAGAUUAGUGGGUGAGGGAAUGAUGUCCAUGAGCCCCGAUGGGGUAUCUCUACCGCAACGCCCUCUACAAUAUGACAUACAAAUUCUUCUAAACAUGUAUUGUAAUGAUUACAUGAAUUUUAAUGACGGGACGUGUUGCAGUUCGACUGAGUCCUAUACAACGUUGCAAAUAGUCACAUUUGCCAUUCUUGGUAUUUGCGCAACUGUGGCCCUCGCGAUGAUAUGUUCCCGCCUCGUAAUGCAAUGGCGCGGUCGUCCCAUCCACGAAUACAGUCAAUUGCCCGAAAACGAGCACCAGCCCUCGCCCACCCCCGGUAGCUACUACAACCUAUUCAUCAGCCUCGCCAAAAUGGCCCUCAUCAUGUCGUACUUUUUCGUCUGUGACCGCACGAAUUUCUUCAUGAAAGAAAAUAAAUACUAUUCCGAAUUCAGCUUUUGGCUUCCGAUCGGUUACGUUACGGUAUUAGGCCUAUUCUUCACUGAAGACAGUAAAUACACCAAAGUGUUACAUCGUGAUCAGUUAAACGAAUGGAAAGGCUGGAUGCAACUAGUCAUUUUAGUGUACCACAUCACGGGAGCAAGUCGCAUCUUGCCCAUAAAUAUGCACAUUAAAGUGUUAAUUUCGUCGUAUUUAUUUUUAUUAGGGUAUGAACAGUUUUGUUGCGUGUGGCAACGAGGUGAUAUAGGCAUAGUUAGUUUUUUCCGGGUGCUUUUUCAGCUAAAUUUCAUGACGGUGACUUUGUGUCUUUGCAUGAAUCGCCCGUAUCAGUUCUAUUAUUUCGUACCUUUGCUGUCUUUUUGGUACUUGAUGACGUACUGUUUUCUGGCGUUUCCGCCCCACAUCACAGCACAAACCUCCGAAAAUAACGUAAUGCAAUAUUUUUAUUUGUUGAUUAAAUUUAUUGUAUUUUUCACCGUUAUUACGAUUCUUUUUAUGUCGGAAGUUUUUUUCGAGAAGGUUUUUGUAACCCGGCCUUGGAAGGCCCUCUUUGUGACCACCGAUGAUGACAUCCGGGAAUGGUGGUUUCGGUGGAAACUCGACAGGUAUACCAUCAUAUACGGUAUGGGUUUCGCCGUAAUACUGCUUUUGGCCCAACGCUACAAUAUUUACGACGACAACAAUCACAAUAACUUAUUUUCGAGAGGUUUAGCACUGACUGGUAUUCUGGUAGCAAUCGCGGGUAUCGGCUGUUAUUUAUCGAUAACAUUUCUGUGUUCGAACGAACUAGAGUGUAGCGAAAUUCACUCCUAUAUUGUCUUCAUCCCAAUUGUGGGAUACAUUGUUUUGAGGAACAUUUCUGGAGUCUUGCGGACUAGAUAUUCGAGUUUGUUUGCGUGGUUUGGGGAGAUCUCUUUGGAGCUUUUUAUUAGUCAGUAUCAUAUCUGGCUCGCAGCUGAUACCCAUGGUGUUUUAGUACUUAUUCCAGGUUAUCCCGUUUUGAAUGUAAUGAUUACGUCGUUUAUUUUUGUGUGUGCUUCGCACGAGGUGCACCGCUUAACCAAAGUACUGCUCCCGUAUGCCGUUCCAUUAGAUUGGAAGUGUGUUUUGCGGAACUUUAUCUUGUUUUUGGCAAUAUUAGUACCGAUAGGGAUCAAUGAUGGCAUGUUUUAGGCUAUAAUCGGAAUUAAAAACGAACCCUUCAUUUAUUUUUGGAAAACGCACAUUUGGAAUGUACAUAGGUUUUUAUAUUAAUAACAUAUUGAAUGUAGAAUUUUCGAAAAUAAAGAUGUUUUUUUUGUAA